UAGAUUUGAAAAAGAAUGCAGCAUCUAAUUUCACAGACCUCACAACUUUAGAGAAGAACAAAGAAAUUACAUCGAUAUGCUGGUCUGGAACUGAUGAAAGACAGGUUCUUCUUGGUUUAAGGAAUGGCACCGUACGAGUAUUUGAUCCAAAGAAGAUGGUCUAUGAUGAAGACUUCCUAGAAUGUGAUACAGACGAAGAUGGCCUCUUCAAGGGGUUAGCUUCCCUUGAUGAGGACAGACUCAUCACAUGUCAAGAAUCAGGACUGGUCAGAGUUUGGCAGAAAGGACAGUCAGAACAUACAACUGAAAUUAAAGCUGGUGCCAACUUGAGUAGGAUGAGACAGAAUCCACAUAGGAGGCAGUGUAUAGCAACAGGUGGAAAGGAGAACGACCUCAAAGUAUGGGAUCUUGAACAUUCCGCUGAGCCAAUAUUCAAGGCAAAAAAUGUGAGGAAUGAUUUCCUAGACCUAAGAGUUCCUGUAUGUGUGAAUGACAUGCAGUUUCUUGCUAAUUCAUCAAAGAUUGUAACCUGUACAGGCCAUCAUCAGGUGAGGUUAUAUGAUCCCAGUGCAACACAGAGAAGACCUGUUCUUGAUAUUUCAUUUGAUGAAUAUCCUCUUGUCUCAAUGGCAUUAGUUCCUGGUGAUAAUGCAGUACUGGUUGGGAAUACACAAGGUCGGAUGGCAGAAAUAGAUCUGAGAAAAGGUCAAGUAGGGCGGAUGUAUAAAGGUUUUGCAGGAAGUAUACGAGACAUGCAGUGUCACCCUACCCUUCCCCUAGUAGCUUCUUGUGGUUUGGAUCGAUUUCUCAGGGUACAUGAUAUACACGAUGGAUCAUUAAGAAGCAAGAUUUAUCUUAAAUCCAAGCUGAAUUGUUUACUAUUUUCAUCCAGAGACUUCACCCAGGAUGAAGAUAUGCUGGAGGCUGGCAAGAAGAAGAAGCUUGUUGAAGAUGAGGAAGAGAGUGAAGAAAUUUGGCAGAAUAUGAAGACGAUUACAGACACAAACCCAAAGAGUGAAAAGAAGAAGAGGAGGAAAACCAAGGAAACGAGUGAAACAGGGAAAAAGGACAAUCUAGCCGGAAGAAAAAAGCUGAGAUCUAGUAGAACUGGGGAAGCCUGACGACCGGAGAAUCUCAAUAGAACUGCAAGAUUUUUUAUCCAUGUAACAUGCAAGAGGUUACUUUAUGGACAGAUUGUUGAUUAUUAAAGUAUUAUGUCAUUCCAUUCUUCAAAGAUCGUAUCAGGAACAUUGACUUGGCCACAGUAGGGGAUAACAGACCUGCCAACCAGUACGUUUUAGCCGUAUUUAGUACGUUUUUGCAACCAAAAUAUGGCAGUACGUUUUUUCUUUGAAAAUACGUUUUUUGUUUUUAAAAAAAAAAAUUGUAAUUUAUUGAGAAAAAUAAUCUCUAUAUGUCUCUAUUUCAUGAAACGUACACAAAUAUGGUUAUUAGAUCAAUGUUAUUUCAGGUAACUUGUUUUUUUUUCAAUCAUUUUGUUAAAACCAGGGUGACGAUAUACACAUGUUUUAAUGUUUUUUUUUUUCAUCUGCAAGAGCAGUGCGCAUUUUAGCUUGCAUGCAGCUUGAGCGCCGCGAUGAGCGAGUGCGCCAAGCAUUUUAUUAUGAAAUACACUUUUUUUGGGAAAAAUACAGUUUUUUUCAUCACAGAAUACAGUUUUUCAUUCCCAGAGGUUGGCAGGUCUGGGAUAACAACCCCGGGACCCGUAACACAAAGCUUAGCGAUCAUCGUAGAACAUUUUGAUUACAAUUGAUUGUAUUGGCUACGAUGUACAAUUAAUUGUGAAAAUCAAGCGUAUGAUCAGUUGCUAACCUGUGUGUUACGGGACCCAUAUCUCAAAUUGAUGUGAACUUUUGACCACAAAUUACAGAAAACUGGAUUCUGUAUUUCACUACUGGGUUAAGAAUACCAAUAUGUUUAUAUUUUAUUUAUGUUAUUUGUUCAGAAAGUUCACUUUUUAUAACCAGUAACCCUUUUUAAAGACUUAACAAUUAUGUUUACUUUGACAUCUUGGUGACAAGUUUAUACAAAUAAACUUCAGGUUAACAAUAUUUGGCCAUCUUUUUUAGAAAAAAGAUUAAGGUUCAUGUACCAGGCUGCAAAUAAAUGGAAAUAGACCUUUAUGAACUGUCACUUCUAGGCUAUGGAACUUCCAACACUUAUGUAAUUCCUUUGGGGCAUCAAUUUAUAGAUGGAUGCCUUCAGCUCUCUUACUAAUUAAUUGUUCGAGAUAUGAAUAUUAAUCAUCACCAACAUUAUCAAUCACAAUUUUUAAAGAUCAAGUAUUAAAGCAUAUUGUAAGAAGACAGGAACAUAAAAUUUCUUGUUCUUUUCUCAGAUUGACAAAAAUCAUUGGAAAUUCUGUAAUUCAUGUAAUCUCUUUUGUUGAUGUUAAUAAUUAAAGAAUAAUAAGACUGUA